AGAGCAGGCCACAACCUCAACACUCUUUUAGCCAUUUCAAGUAGCAAGCUAUCACUCUCUCCGUCAAUCCGCUUGCUCCUUCGUCUGCUAUGGAUCCAGCGCUUGCUCGAAGUAUGACAGAGCGCUUCUGCGUCAUGAUGUCCGAACGAGACCGCAGAAUCUCGCCUAUCUUUGCUGCUACGCAUGCGCCUCGCUUCCCCUUCUAUCAUCAGCUCAGCAGACUUGCCGAGACUGUCGAGCAGUACGACACGCCUGGCUUGAUUGAUGAAGCAAUCGAACAGAUUGAUCUGGCUACCAUCUAUGAUGAAGCAGACCUGUGCGCUGCAUUGGAUCAUACCUUGGGACAUCAAGAUCAUCUCAUCAGAGCACUUCUGCGCUGGUUCAAGGAAGAAUUCUUCACCUGGGUCACGACACCACCUUGCUCUACAUGUAAUGGUGAGACGACCAGCCUUGGCGCCCAAGAACCGUCACCGCAAGAAAAGGCGGAUGGUGCCGGUCGAACCGAGGUGCAUUGCUGCAAGACGAGUGGUAAUAGUCAUCCGAUGACACGCUUCCCUCGCUACGAUAAGCUCUCUACGCUAAUCAAGUAUCGCAAAGGACGCUGUGGCGAAUUUGCCAAUGUCUUUACCCUAUUUUGCAUCUCCCUUGGCAGUCGGGCUCGUUGGGUUUGGAAUGCAGAAGAUCACGUCUGGACAGAAGUGUACUCCACCUUCCUCGGUCGUUGGGUUGCUUGUGAUGCUUGCGAAAAUAGCUUCGAUGCACCUUUGAUGUAUACGCAUGGUUGGGGUAAGAAGAUGUCCUAUUGCUUAGCGUUCAGCGAAGAGGGCGCCGUAGAUGUCACGAGACGGUAUGUGCGACAGAAGGAACACUUGCUGCCAAGGAAUUUGUUACCCGAAUCCAUCCUGCGUUUUGGCUUGAGAGAGAUUACGGCGCGGUGCAGGGUCAACUUGAGGGAUGCUCAAGUCCGUGCGUUAGAAGAGGAAGAUGAGGAGGAGGAAACGGAGUUACAGGAGUACUAUCAUGAUACAGAUCAAUUGACCAGAGCAGAAAGGAGACCUCGACAGACUGGCACUGCAGAGUGGACUCGUAGUCGUGGCGAAGGCGGAGCUUAAGACUGUGUACAGUACUAUAUUAUCCGGUGCCAUACCGCUUAGCAUAGAAUGGCGCUGGUAUGUCCGCCUCACUCAGCAUGUCCAUCACGGGCCGUUCCACAACCACCAACUC